AUGGAGAGUACCAAUGAAGAAGCAAUGGAGUUACAGCUAGAUACGCCAAAGAUGCAAAUUCAGCUAUCGGAUAACAUUUACAUACAGACCUAUCCACUCGACCCUCGGCUCAUGAACUUUUUACCACGCCUUUUGUGGGAGCUACAUGAACUUCACAUCGUUUUCAUAACUAAGGAAGAGUCCAGCAACUGGCAGAAUGAUCUCUACAGCUACUGCUUUCGAAACGGUUUCAUCAAUGUGCUUCUCAUUCAGAACCUACGACCCGAAAUUCUGUUAUAUAGCUACAAUCCAUAUCCAACAAUUCGCACUUUGCGAUUGCCGCUGCUUGAGGAUUACCUCAAUAGGUGGCGCCAUCUACUGAAUUUUCAACAGUACCCGGUUAGGACUCUUCUAUUCACGGUUGAGCCACGCAUUUUUCAAUAUGUAAAUCGAAGAGGAGAGCUGGUGUAUAGUGGCUACUUGUACAAUGCGCUCAAGGGGUUUACGCACCGGUAUAAUUCUUCGAUAUAUAUAGUAAAAGAAAUUGACGUUGAUGAUUUGUACGAUACGGCGGUGCCCCAUGCUAAGCCAAUUGCGAGCUAUUUGUACUUUGUGCGCCCUUUCACAUGGACUCUGUGGCUCACAGUGAUUGGAGCCAUUGGGUAUGGAAUGCUGAUGCUUUAUGGUAGUAGCAGAAAUGGACGCUCCGAAAUCGGCAAAUAUUUUCUUAGCAGUUGGUGCAAUUUUCUGUUUAUCUCACAGCCGAGGAUCAUCUUUGCCAACUGGCAACAGGUUGUCAUCCAUUUUAUAAUGCUCUUAAGUGGAUUCAUACUCACGAAUUUUUAUGUCGCAUUGCUUUCAAGUAUGCUAACCUCGGGUUUGUUUGAGGAGGAUUACAAUACAUUUCAGGAUUUGGAGCGUUCCUCUUACACCUUACUAACUGAUAGUUACUAUGCUCAUUUUAUGAAUGAGUCAACAUUCAUGCCAGAAAUCAUCAAGCAACGCAUUAGCAGAGUUGACUCGGAUGCCCUUGAAGCUGCACGCGUAACCAUGAACACAAGUCACAUGUAUACUCGAUAUGAAGAUCGCUUAGAUGGCUUUCUAUUUCAACAGCACCUUCUGAAAGUUCCCCUGUUUAAGGUGAUACCGAAAAGUCUUUCGGAUGGCUUCAUGUCCUUUCCAGUGCUCAACGGAUUGCCUUAUUUAAAUUUGAUAAAUAGUUAUCUAAGACGUAUAUUUGAGUACGGCAUUUUGCAAAAGAUCAAGACCGAUGCAUAUCUGGACACUAUCGAGGGUGGCAUUACGAAAUUUAUUACAAGUGACAGGACUGAGCGCAAGCCAUUUGCUGUGGAAUUUUAUUACUAUGCGUUUGCAUUGUGGGGCGUGGGCUUAAUGCUGGCCUCACUCUGCUUCGUCCUGGAGUUACUAAGACAUUACGUGACUAAUCAAAUUCAAUUGUAA